UGUGUUUGGUUAUGUCGUCUGAAAUGGCACUGAUAUUGACGUGAAUUCAGAGAGUUUUAAUCAUGUAUUUUCCUGUGGGAUGGCCGAAAUAUCUUGAUGUACCUUCUGCCAAAUCAGAGGCAAUCCAGGAAGUUUUAGCGUCACCAAACCGGUCUAUUUUUGUCGUAACUACUUCGCAGUCGAUUCAUAUCUGGCAGAGUAAACCGUGUGUGUUGAUAGUGACUUUCAGACGAUCUGAUGAUUCAGUCAUAGUACAUGGAACCAAUCUAUGUGCAGAAUGGAAACCAGACUGUACUGUACUCGCAGUUGGGACAUCAGGAGGUCAUUUGUUGUUAUUCGAGGUGCAGCAGGAGGGAACCCAUCACCUCUUUACAACUAAGCAGUCUAGCUCAGCGCAUUAUAGAUGUGAUACUACUGAAGCAGACAACAACACAGUGCCAAUGUUGAAGAUAGAUUAUGCUCACACAAUGCAAAUCACUGCUGGAAUUAACAGUCUAUGUUGUCUUAAGGACGACUUAUUGGUUGCUACUAGCAACGGUUUAUUGAUGCGAGUAGGAUGGGACGGCAGCACACGUCACAUGAUGGAUAUAUCAAUCAGAGCGAUUCCAUUCUCCAUAGAUCUUCAGCAGUCACGAGAAUCUUUACUUGGUGACACUUCACUGUCCUUCAAGCAGACACAGUACAGUAUGAUACUAUCCGGAUUGGCUGUGGUCCUAUCAGACGGUAGAGCUGCAUUCCUGACUGCAGAUAACAGUAAAUUUGAACCCAGGGCUGUACAUGCUGUAUGGGCUCCAGAUGUCAAGACUGCUUGCUGUGUUGCAAUUAAUCACAAGUACAGACUCAUAGUCUUUGGACUCGCUAAUGGGCAAGGAGUAGUGUACACCCUGGAUGAAGUAACCGGUGCUCUGCAGUUAUCACACUGGUUGACGCUCUCAAGUUCAGAUUUUCCAGAUGGAUGUCAGGCAGCAGGUCCUAUUUCUACAGUCACCUGGACACCUGAUGGUUGUGCUUUAGCCUGUGCAUGGAAACAGGGUGGACUAGCUUUAUGGAGUGUGUUUGGUGCUCUACUUAUGUGUACCUUCAGUGGAGAUUAUGGUUUGUGCCCAGAAACAAGCAGACCGUAUCCCCUGCAUGUACAUUCUAUGGACUGGGAUCCCGAAGGCUAUAAUUUAUGGAUUACCACAUCUCCUAAAUCCAGUAAAGAUAAGAAGCGGAUAUCGGACUCUGGUAUACCCUUCCCUCGUGUCCUUCAGUCUGCCGAUCAGUCUACAGGUGAACUGGUCUUAGUCUCAUUCGUCAAGAGUGCACUGACUACAAACCCAUGCAUGACAAACCAUGAGCAUUUAUUUCUACAAGGUGAAGAUAGGUUAUACCUCAACACAGGAGAUACCAUACUCAAGACGGCUCAACCUGAUGUGAUGCUGGAUAGUAGCACUGUAGUCUCAGUUACGUCACAGGGUAAUACAUCAGUUGCAGAUGACUCCAUAGUGUCUAGUGUACUGAUUGGUAACAAGCAAUGGCAGGUUAUGUCUCUACCGUACAACUACAUGGCAAGCAACUGGCCACUCAGAUAUGCCGCUGUGGAUCGUUCUGGACAUUGUGUAGCUAUAGCAGGACGAUACGGCUUAGCUCAUUGUACAAUCUUUGCUAAGCGUUGGAAGCUGUUUGGUAACGUCACACAGGAGAAGGAUAUGUCAGUGAGUGGAGGCAUUACAUGGUGGAAAGACUUCAUUGUCAUGUCAUGUUAUAAUCACUAUGAGAAUAGACAUGAGCUGAGGUUAUACCCAAGGAUAAGUAAUCUAGACAACAGUUUUGCCUGUAUAACCAAGGUGCCUUAUCAAGUGCUUGUACUCAACGUCUUUAAGGAUCUACUGGUUGUCUUCUGUGUUGAUUAUCACAUCUCAUUGUAUAGCAUUGAGAGACGAGACAACUCAGCGAAUCCCAUUGCUACCAUCAGCAGAAUACAAGAUUUAUCUCUUGCCAACUUUGUGCCUCAUCCUACCUCACUGGUCUCAUUGACGCUUACAUCACUCCGAUCAGAAACAGUUUCCCCAGAAAUAGCCAACCAUACCAAAGAGGCAGAGAGCCUCAUAACUAAUGUAGCUGGUAGAUUACUGAUGCUACAACGAGAUCGACUGAAACCUCCAUCAGUGACCAACGCACCUCUGGAUAAACGGAAACAUAAUGAGAUGCCAUUCAUUGCUCCUGUUGUGCUUGCAUCUUCUGUUGAGAACAUGUGGACAACAUCACGUAGUAAUAGAGAUAAGCCUCACCUCAUGGAAGCAUUAUGGUUGGGAUGCGGAGCAGCAGGCAUGAAGGUGUGGCUUCCACUAUUUCCACAGAAGAACUCUAAGCAUCAUCACAGCUUCUUAUCCAAGAGAAUUAUGCUUCCUUUCCAGCUUAGAAUAUAUCCACUUGCCGUAUUAUUUGAAGAUGCUGUUGUUCUUGGAGCAGCCACAGACACCUUGAGUUAUGAACCUCAGACACCAAGUGCUGCUGAUAAUAAGCCAACUAUCCUUCCAUUCUCAACAUUAGAACGAACUACCCAGAUUUAUCUGCAUCAUAUACUCAGGCAGUUACUCAGAAGAAAUCUUGGAAUUCACGCAUUACAGAUUGCAAGAAGUUGUAUAUCUCUACCCUACUUCCCUCAUGUAUUGGAAUUAAUGCUGCAUAGUGUGCUAGAAGAAGAAGCUACAGCAUCAGAACCUAUACCAGAUGCCUUACUCCCUCGAGUGGUGGCCUUUAUAGAGGAAUUCCCCCAGUUCUUACAGACAAUAGUUCAUUGUGCAAGGAAGACAGAGAUUGCUCUAUGGCCGUACCUCUUCAGAACCAUAGGAAGCCCUGAGGAACUGUUUGAGCAAUGUAUAAAAACUGGUGCCCUGCAGACUGCUGCUUCAUAUCUGCUCAUCCUACAGAACCUUGAACCCCCUAAAGUCAGUAGACAUCACGCAACUCAUCUCUUAGAUGCAGCUCUUGAACAUUACGAAUGGAAACUUUGCCGAGAUCUGCUGCGAUUCCUACGUUCAAUCAGUGCAAGUGACUUUGAAGUCUCUAGAACUCCUCCUCCGAGUCUGAAUAAUUCCAUGGCGUUCCCCCUUGGUAGCCCCGCCCCUCUACCUGCCAAGGAGGGGCAGACCAAUCACAAGAGAGGGAGACAUUCGAGUAAAGGUGGAAGGGCGCCCUCUGUGGUCAACGAUAAACAGGAAGUGGGGCCAGAGAAGAGCCGUUCCAGCUCUUUAUCCAAGACAAUUGAGCAGAUAACAACGGCCGAAGAGUACUUUGUAGAUUCUAUUCUCAAUCGUCAUGCUCGGAAGCUUCUUGCAUCCAUGAGAUUAAGAGAUCUUGGGCUCUACGCUGCGGACUUAGACUUUAAAUUACAGCCCUGGCUUACCAAAGAAAGGAAUCGUGUUGCCAAAGUGGAUGACUUUGAAGCAGCUUUAAAGAAGCUUCAUCAUGACUUUCAGUGGCCUUUACCUACACUCACUACCGGUGCUGCAAGUAUUGGGAUCAAUGCAAAUAAAUCACCUAGUUUAUUAGUCAAGUCUUCCCCUCCAUCAUCUUCAUCAAUCCAAGCUCAGAUGAAUGGUCUUAAGAUGUCUGGAGGAGACAGUGAAUCUGAGAGAGUGACUUUCCCUGUUGCUCCUCUACCAUUGAACCGAGAUCUACGUGUAUUAAUCAGGCCUAAUAGCCUAGCAUCUGAUAGUACACACAGUGAGGUCAGAACAGAGGAAGCUAUUCUUAGAUACCCAUCAGCUAGAGGCUCAGACGAUAACAGCAUUUGUACCACAGAGCCAUCUGAAGGAAGCUCUUUAUUUGGAGACGGUGAUAACGUCUUAGAAGACAGUAUAUGGAGCAGUAACGCUAACCUGGAGGAGUUGGAACAGUUUUAUUUGCAAUUGAGCCAUAGUGGCCCACGACAAUCUGACAAAGAACUCAGGUAUUUGUAUGACAUCUUCUUAGCUGCAUUAUGUUUAGAGUGGACGUUACUCAUUGCUAUCUUACUGCGAGAUCUGACACUCAUCUCUAAAGUAGUGAAUGUGGCGUCAUCAUCUGAUGUGGCUCUGGAGGUAGUAGCUCGUAUGAGAGAAGGAUUAUCAUUCCUGGAGAUGUGGGCAGACUCAGAAUGCCCUGGUUAUAAGCCGCUAUUUGUUGCCAUUAGACCUCAGGCCCAAGUCCUUGCCGAGGUGGUAGAGACUGCCAUUACUCCUCCACAGACUCCCCACUCUAGGACGUCGUCGACUUCAGAUCAAUCUGUGGGCCAUCAGGAGAUCAAGAGAUUGGGGUCACAUGGUAGUGGAGUCAUCUCUGAGCAUGAACUCUCCGAGGAAGACGUCUUUGAAGAUGAGAAAGGCAAGGAUGGGGAGGAGCAAGGAUGUAGUGUUUCAUGAUGGAGGGGGCCUGGCUAAACAUUCAAAGCCCCCCUUCUCUAAUGGUAUCAAUUUGGACCAAACUUGUAUUUAAAUUUUCAAAAAAGUAUUGCCCUUUGCAUUAAAUAAAAUCAUGGCCUAGAAUCUGAACAGUAGUGAGAAGUAAGAUCUAAGUGUGCAUUUAUGAAACAUUUAAAGCAUCUGGCAAAUAAUUGAAGAUAUAAACAAUUUUUUUGUGUGUGUCUUGAAUAUGUGGAUUUGAAAAGGUUCUAUUGCCCUUGUCUUGGCUUUUGUGCCCCAUCAGAAGUUUCCCAUAGACUUAAAGAUUUCCUAAUGGAAGUGCCCCUUACAAAAUGAAAAUGGCCUUGCCCUUUCAAAGAUACAAAUUCCAGGCCUGAGACAUUCAUGAUUUAAAUAAACAAAUGAGUUGGACAGAAGUAAGCCAUGCAUGCAAUAUCAUAUCAUGUGGUGAAUGCAUACACCACAGAAUAUUCAAUAUCACACACUUUGAUUGAAUGAUAGAAGACUAUGCCAGCAUGCAAUAUCAUAGGGAUACACCACAGAAUAUUCAAUAUCACACACUUUGAUUGAAUGAUAGAAGACUAUGCCAGCAUGCAAUAUCAUAUCAUGUGGUGAAUGCAUACACCACAGAAUAUCCAAUAUCACACACUUUGAUUGAAUGAUAGAAGACUAUGCCAGCAUGCAAUAUCAUAGGGAUACACCACAGAAUAUUCAAUAUCACACACUUUGAUUGAAUGAUAGAAGACUAUGCCAGCAUGCAAUAUCAUAUCAUGUGGUGAAUGCAUACACCACAGAAUAUCCAAUAUCACACACUUUGAUUGAAUGAUAGAAGACUAUGCCAGCAUGCAAUAUCAUAGGGAUACACCACAGAAUAUUCAAUAUCACACACUUUGAUUGAAUGAUAGAAGACUAUGCCAGCAUGCAUUAUAGUAUCAUUUGGUGAAUGCAUACACCACAGAAUAUUCAAUAUCACACACUUUGAUUGAAUGAUAGAAGACUAUGCCAGCAUGCAUUAUAGUAUCAUUUGGUGAAUGCAUCUACACAGUACACAACCCUCCCACCAUUUAAUAUCACCCACUGUGGUUUUAAAUAAUGCCAGCCUGCAAUUUGUUAUCCUGUGGUGAGUUGACUGAUCUUUCAAUUUCCAAGUGGUUUU